AAAAAAUGAGCUUAAGAAGAAUGAGAAGUGGAGGAGUACAUGCAGAUUCCGAGGAAGAUUAUUUGAAUGUAUUUAAUUAUUAUCAUAUUUUGAUUAGAAAAUUGGCAAAAUGGAAAAAUCACAAAAAAGAAGAACCUAUGUAUAAGAAACUGAAGCUUUUGAAGGUUUUAUUAUGAAUUCUCAAUUUACAUUUGAUUGCUUUGGAGGAAAUCAAAUUUUAAAGACAACUUAACAAUCACAUUUCAUCCUAAUAAUGAUUGAUGAUUUCGCUCUAAGUCCCAAAAGACUCUAUAAUAUGAUUGAUAACAGUAAACUUUUGUUGUUUAUGUAUUUUAGCAGAUAAUUGCGAGACGAUGACUCAAAGUACAAAUGAUGAUUCAAUUGUUUGGAGCUCUUAACCUAUGAAUUAUGACUGCGUAGUACAUAAUUACACUAUGGGAUAAGUGAACCAUUUGUUUAAUCUGUGGAUAAUCAAUACACCUGUUAUAAAUUACAUAUUUAAAUGUAUGAAUUUUUAUUUAUUAUUUACUUAGAGUGUUAUUUUCAAUUAUUUGAAGCCUUUAUCUGUGUAAAUAAUGAAAGAAAUGAUAUUUUUAAGGAAGUCUUUGAAGAAAUGAAAAGUUAUAAUAAUAAGGUUCAGUAAUUUCAUAUAAAAGAAAAUGAUGAAGUAAUAUAAAUUUUAAAGUCUUAUAUAGGGUUCCCCGAAUCGCAAAUAGAUUAAUAAUCUUUAAUAAAUCUUAAGAAUUUUGAUUGACUCCACAAUGAAAUGA